AUGACUCUCGGAACGAAAGCCAGUCCCAGCACUGGCGGUGCCUGUCUCAUCGCCUUGGUUCGAAGCUCUGGGUACUCGCAUUCGCAUACUGAGGUAAUCGAGGCCAAUGGCCUGUGCUUGUCAGCAAGACGACCUGGCAAAGCCGGUCGAUUCUUAUACAGGACUCGAUCUGCAAUCGUUCCUGGGCAUAUACUACGAUACUACGAUACUGCCUGGCGAAGGCGCCAGACACUACUACGGCGCAAGAGAUUGAAGGCCAAUGAGCACAUGUAUGCUGGGGGGCAUUGGGGGUACCGUCCCCGAACUGAUCUCGAAGGCCGUGGACACAUCCACUCCAGGAGCUCGCACCCGGAGUCCAUCGCAAGGCUGAACGUCGACUCUACUGAGAAGCUGACGGAAAGACUUCCAAAACGAAAGAGGCGGCGUUUUAUACCUAACCAUGGCCCCCCCCAAACCAUCUCUGGCUCUGAGUCUUGA